AUGUCCACGCAGUACGACGCCAUCCAAGCGCCCUACGAUGAAAUCAGAAAGGCCUCCAUCUCCUUCAUCGAGCAGGAAAAUGUACACGAGGCUAUCGCGCCCUGGAUCCAGGGGGCACGCGUGCUAGACCUAGCCUGCGGCUCGGGCUUCUACACGCGCGAGUUCAUCCCCUGGGGCGCGCGCAGCGUGCUGGGCGUCGACAUCUCGUCGGCCAUGCUGGCGGGGGCGCGGCGGGCGAUGGACGAGGCCGGGCUGAACGCGUCCCAAGUGUCCUUCGAGCAGGCCGACUGCACGCGGCCGGCGGCGUACCGGGGCGGGCCGUUCGACGUCGUCUUUGGGGCGUGGCUGCUGAACUACGCGGGCGGGGCGGGGGCGCUGACGGACGCGUUCCGCAACGUCGCGGCCAACCUGGCGGAGGGCGGGCGCUUCGUCGGCGUGACGACGGCGCCGACGCACGACCCGGCCGCCUUCUACGCGGCCGAGAACGCCGCGCGCCCGCGCGGGUCCGGCCUGCUCAUGGGGCGGCCCACGGGCCCCGUCGACGACGGCUUCGCCAUCCACAUGCACGGGGACACGGACCGGGGCGCGGUCGACUUCGACUUCUUCCACCUGCGGCAGGACGUCUACGAGGCGGCGGCCCUCGACGCCGGGUUGCGGGGUCCGCUGGAGUGGAGGGUAACGGCGGUGUCGGACGAGUUCCUCGAGUCACGGAGGGGCCAUGAUGAUUUCGAGGAGGUCGAGAGUUACAAGGUGACGCCGAAUUACGGGGUGCUUAUCAUAGCUAAAUAG